UUAAAGCCCAUCCUCGCAUUCGUCAUCUUCAACAAAUUAAUUUUCCACUGUAAAACCCUAAUCAAUUCAAACCCAGAGAUCCUAUCUUCAUUUUUCAGUUCUGCCCUCCAUUUUCAGACCUUAAAUUAAUCUGUAAAAAAUCAUUAAAAUGCGUUCAGUAAUUUCAUCAAAAAUCCCAUUAAAGUAUUUUCAAAAAUAUUACCUUCCAUUAAUCUCCAUAUCCUCCAAUUCCCAAUAUUUUUCAACAUCAACAGAAACAAAAACCCAGAAAUUAGAUAGAAUUGCAAAUGAAUUACUUUCCCUGAAUCCAGUUGAACUUCACGAUUAUUCAAUCUUGUUUAGAUUAAAGAUGGGCUUGAAGAAUGCUGGGGCUGCUUCACUUUCAUCUGGGCCAACCUCAUCUGGGUCAGCCCAGCCCACUGCUGAAGCUGAGUCUAAAGAGAAGACUAUGUUUGAUGUGAAGCUGGAAAAGUUUGAUGCAUCUUCAAAGAUAAAGAUCAUUAAGGAAGUGAGGACUUUUACUGAUUUGGGUUUGAAAGAAGCAAAAGAUUUAGUGGAAAAGACUCCAUCUUUGAUUAAGAAAGGUGUUACUAAAGAAGAAGGUGAAGCUAUUAUUGAGAAAUUAAAGGCUCUCGGUGCAACUGUGGUAUUGGAAUGAUUUUUCUUUAUUAGUUUUUGUUUUUAAUUUGUAGAAUUGAUUUGCUAGUUUUAUGAUAAGAUCAUGAUGGAAUUUGUCGUGUUGAAUGGAAAGAAUGAACAUCAACUUAAUUCACUUUAUAGAUAAUCAGUUGAAGAUUUGUGAUUUUGUGUUGAAUAUCUGUUUUGGCUUGUAGAAAGGUGUUAUUAAAUAAAUUGAUUGUAUUUUGAGUCUUGAGAUUAGUGGAAAGAAAGAAACAUUUGUUCAUCUUAAA